AUGGUCUGCUCCAAGUGUCUCAAGUUGUCCAAAGGGACGACACUGGCCACCCCAGGCGUCAAGAAGAAGAGUGAGAUGUAUCAUGGAUCUCCCGCCUCUUCUUCAUCCAAGUCGGCCACGCUAGGGCAGACAGGCAUCGGAAAGAGCAAGCUUCUGUCCAAGAACGCAAAGAACCCCUAUGCUCAGUAUGCAAGGCUGACAUCAGACAUAGUUUGCCACAUGUGUGGCAAACCAAACAAGAAGACGUCUUCCAAAGCACCACAAAUCUCUGGACAGAAGUUCUCCAUGAAGUGA